AUGGCUUCUUCUAAGCAGCUCUUCUUGUUCAUCUUCUUGUUUGGGUUGUUUCUUCUCAUUAAUCUUGCUUCCCUUAGUGAUGCUUGGCAACUGAAGGAUCCCAUUAAGGAGAAGGGGAACAGUGGUAAUGAAAAUGAAGGUGGAGAAGAGAAGAGGGUGUUCAGUAAAAUCCACACAAGUUUGAAUGAAGGUGAAAAAUUGGAUCUGCCACCUCUUCCACAUAUCCCUCUUGUACCCACAAUCCCACAACUCCCUAUUCCACCAACAAUCCCACAAAUCCCAGAAUUGCCACUUCCACCACCUACAAUCCCACAACUCCCUAUUCCACCGACAAUCCCACAAAUCCCAGAAUUGCCACUUCCAUAA